UUCUGCUGUGACAGGAUACGAACGCAUGCGAGCUCAAAAUAGUACAAAAAAACUUUCGAGCAUAUUCUGAGGGGGAUUUGUGGGGCGGAAACAACGACGAGAAGAGAAAAGAAGCUGUGUGUGUGUGUGUGUGUGAAGGAGUGGCCCGGAGCAGUUUAGUUUGAGGCCACCGAGCUGAUGAAUGGUACCACGUCGGCUUCGUAAGAUUUGCUGGACACGUAACGUUAGAAAACCGUUGGGGAACCGAGGGGUGGGUGUUUUAUUCUGCUUUCUCUGUUGGGCAGAUUGCUGAUGUUUGAUUUCCUUUCUCUCUGGUUGCUGUGAGAGGAGGAGAUACUGAGGAGCAAAGAUGCCUGUCCCCCCACCGCCCCCUCCUCCCCCACCCCCUACCUUUGCUCAGGCGAACACAGAAAAGCCAGUCCUGAACAAGAGUGAGCAGCAGGGCAGGAAUGCUUUACUAUCUGACAUCAGCAAAGGAGCACGACUCAAGAAGACUGUAACCAAUGACCGCAGUGCACCUGUACUCGACAAGCCAAAAGGUGGUGGAGGAGGCGGAGGAGGAAUAGGAGGAGGGGGAGGAGGAGGAGGAGGAGGAGGAGGAGGGGGAGGAGGUGGAGGAUUUGGAGGUGGAGCAGGACUUGGCGGUCUGUUUCAGGAUGGGAUGCCAAAGCUGCGCUCUACCAGAGACGACUCUGUUGGUGUUAGACCCCCCUGCCUUCCUCCAGGUGCCCGUAGUUCUGGUCCACGGCCUUUUGUGGGAGGUGGUGGCUCUGCCCCUCAUUUGCCUGGGUCCCGUAAUGGCUCCUCUGACCCUCCACGCCCUCGAAUGACCGCUCCUCGACCUGAAACACCUGGAGGACUACCUCCGCCCGUUCCUAGCACUCCACGCCCCAAUCAGAGCAGCUUGCAAAGUAGAGGACCACCCCCACUACCAGGGGGACCCCGCCCCUCAAGCUCUUCACCUGCCCCUCCUCCUCCAAACCCUCCUGGAAGACAGCCUGCGCCUCCACCUGUGCCAGGUGGACGUCCACCUUCAUCUCCUGCAGCUCCUCCCCCUGUUCCUCAUUCUGGACGGCCUCCUCUUCCCCCAGCCCCUGCCCGAUUAGAUGAUCGACCACCUGUCCCACCUGGCAACCGCCCAUCUUUGCCCCUCCCACGGGAUGGCCCACCCCCUCCCCCUUCUGUCAACAGCAAGCCACCUCCUCCUCCAUCCUCCUCUCGCACACCGGUAAACUCCGCCCCACCUCUGCCACCAGGGCGACCAGGCAGACCCAACGAGGAGCACACGCCACGUCUUCCUCAGAGGCACCUGUCCCUUACUUCACAUGCCCCCUCCCCUUCUCCUGGACGGUCAGGACCCCUUCCUCCACCUCCAAGUGAGAGGCCGCCACCUCUGGGUCGAAAUGCAUCUGGACGAACAGGUCCCCUUCCACCUCCACCGCCUGGACGCCCAGGGGGAGGCAGUGUAAGGUCACCAGCAGCUCCAACUCCUCCAAACAGACUCGCAUCAGAACCUCCACGUGGUGGCAACAGACCGCCCCUCCCACCAGACAGGCCCACCACUGGAGGGCCACCCCCUCCACCUCCGCCCAUGGGCAAUGGUUACCACAGUCAGGGACAUUUUGCAGAUGAGUGGGAAAUGCGCUUCAGUUUCCGUCCUGUGUCGGAUUUCCCGCCUCCAGAGCCCUACAUCCCCUGUCAGAAGACCUAUCCCAGCAAAGUGGCCAGGAGUGAUGGCAGAGGUUCAGGGAAAAAGGAGAGAGGUGCUCCCCCUUUGCCUCCCAUUCCCAGAUGAGAGAAAUGGAUUUGGAUGCUCAGGGUUACUGUAAACUCCCUCUACAUUUUUUUUUUCUUCUCCUCAAAACAGUAUUCUCCAUAUGUGGCAUUUCCAUGCUGGUUUUGAACAAUAUACUCUGUAAGGCUUACAAUGAGGUCACAUAGCAAACCAGUGACCAACCACCAAUGAAGUGCCUUACACGUUCAGGUUAUGUUGUGCCAAUAUUUAUUCCCUACACCCUUCUUUGCUUUCUUUGUUGAAGGGGCUGGACUGAAACACAGUUUAAUAAUAACUCCUACCCUUAAAGGAAUACCCUACAGUUUAAAACCUAAUCUCUGUGUGCCACAUCUGUAUUGUACAGAGGGUUACCAAGGACAGUAAUUUCGAUGCAUGUCCUUGUAGUAAGAAAAAGAACAGAAAACUCUUGUAUUUGAAAUGCACUUAUAACAGAAGGCAUUGGGCAGCAUGUUGCUGCUAUUGCACCAAAACCUCGCAUCUACCUCGCACCAUUUUUGUCAUUUUUCAUUUUCUGACCUAGUUUGAAAAAGGCAGUUGACCUUUAUGCUGUGUCAAAAUUUCAUGAUGAGUAAACCAACAGAAAUUGUCCACAAUUACUUGGGGAAAAAAAAAUUCUCCAUUUACUUCCAUUAAGUUUUAAUAAUAGUAGUAUUAAUUCCUGUAAAGUUACCUUUUUGGAGAUACAAGGUUUUGUUCCGACAGCAGUGAUGUGUUAAAAUGCAUGACCAAAAAAAAAUUCAACUACAGCUUUUACACUUAAGAAUUUCUUACCAAAACCUAAAGUUUUCUGGUUAAAAAGGCUAUCCACACUACUAUGCUGAUAAUGAAUGAUCACUAAUUCUUCCUCCUGGAAAACCAUCUCUAAAAGGAUGAAUUUAUACAGAUUUGCGGCUUAAUUUACUAAUAUUUUUGGCUGAUGAAUUCAAAAAAGUGGUCUACAAGAACAUAUCGCUGUUGUCGGAACAAACCUCGUAUCUCCAAAAUGGUAACUUUACAGGAGAAGAAAAAAAACAUACUUUACUUUCAAUGUAAGUCAAUG